AUGGCACAAAUUUUUGAUACACAUCAUUAUUGCGAUAGUUAUGAAUGUGCUGCUAGUGUUAGUUUAAACGCUGGCUUAGAUCAAGAAGGUGGUGGAACUAGAGCUAUAGAAGCUUUAGGUAAAGCUAUUGACGAUGGUAAUGUUACAAUGGAUACAUUAAAUAACGCUGUUAGAAGACUACUUAAAACAAAGAUUGAAUUAGGCAUGUUUGAUCCACCAAAUAUGGUCGAGUUUAAUAGUUAUGAUUUUAAUGAUAUUGAAAAUGAGGCGCACUUGAAAUUAACUAGACAAGUUGCUCAACAAUCAAUCUGUUUAUAUAAAAAUACGAAUAAUAAUUUACAAAAAGCCCCGUUGCCUAUUCAAAAUUCGGCAAUUAACAAAAUUGGUUUAUUCGGUAUACAAUCAGUACA